GUGUUUUUAUUUUUAAAUAAAUAAUAUUUCGAAAUAAAAAGAUUUAAGUUUGUAUAAGUCUUUUUAUCGGUCUCAUAUUACUUAUACUUUCUGGCUGAUUUUUUCUAAUUUGUAGAAAACGAAUAUAUAUGUGAAUUCAUCAUACAUUCACGUCUCUAACGUUACAAUAAUUAAGAAUAUAGUAUAAGAUAGUAACUAAAACAAUAUUAUCAAAAUGAGUGAUAAACAGGAUUCCAUUUCGCCAUAUGAAACUAAAACUAUUGUUGAAGAUCAAUCAAAUAAAGAUUGUGAUGUAGACAUGGAAGAUUUAUCUGCACGAAUGACAGCCUCAUACAGUGAGAUAUCGUUUCAUUCUGAUAAUGGACAAAGUAAUGGGGAACUAAGCCGAGAAGCUGGUCCGUCUAGGCCUUACGAUCUACCUUCGGAAAAUCGAAAGCAGGAAAAAAUUCCCUUGGACAUUGAUGGGCAUGUUCGUUAUGAAGGAGAUAUGACACAUUAUGUUGCUGAUGAUUUAGAAUUUCAAAUUAAACUUUCAAGCCCAAUUGCCAAGAGAGGAGAGACUCCAAUAUUUGGUAGUUCUAGUGCUUCCCGAUCCAGUACACCGUCAGGCAAACUAUACCGCCAAAUAUUAGCACCACAAAUUGGGCAGAUAGAUAUAACAGUUUUAAAUGAUCUCGAAUAUGAAGCUCAGAAAAUAGCACAAUCUGUUGAUAAUUUGAUUGAAAAUUUAUCUAGUAUUUUACAUUCCAAUUCUUCCCUCACAGCAGAAAAUAUGGAAGUUUAUAGAGAUGCAGUUGGUAAAACAUGCGAUGCAAUGGAUAAUAAUAUAAAAAGUAUGUAUACAAUCCUGGCAAAAGGGGAGGAGGUAUCGCAAGCUAUGGUUCCAGUUCAAGCCCAAGCAGCAAGAAUAACUGAAAUCAAAAGACUAUUGCAGAUAUUUGAAAGCUAUUUCUAAUUUUAUUAAAAAUUAUUAAGGCAAUUGGGAUGCUGUACAUAUUUUUUAUCAAUAAAGUACUUGCUUAAAUUUAUUUCUUGGUUACCAUCUAUGUCAGGCCUAGCAGAAUCUGUAUAGGUACAGCACCCAUGUGUAGUAUAUAAUAAUUUAUUAUUUAAAUAAAUAAAUCACAUAAGUCAAAAUAAAUAAUAAUUUACUGCAAUACAUAUCU